UCGUCCGCUCGUCCCCGCCCGCAGCUCCCGACUCCAAGAUGGCGGCGCCCAGCAGAAACAGGGUGGGCUGUGGCGCGGCCUGCUUUGCCGCGCUGCUCCUGGCGGCAGUGGCUCUGAGGCCGGCGGAGGCGGUGUCUGAGCCCACGACGGUGGCCUUUGACGUGCGGCCCGGUGGCGUCGUGCAUUCUUUCUCCCAGAACGUGGGGCCCGGGGACAAAUUUACCUGUAUGUUCACUUACGCAUCUCAAGGAGGGACCAAUGAGCAAUGGCAGAUGAGCCUGGGCACCAGCGAGGACCAGCAGCACCUCACUUGCACCAUCUGGAGGCCCCAGGGGAAGUCUUACCUCUACUUCACCCAGUUCAAGGCGGAGGUGCGGGGCGCCGAGAUCGAGUACGCCAUGGCCUACUCGAAAGCAGCGUUUGAACAAGAAAGCGAUGUCCCCCUGAAAAACGAGGAAUUUGAAGUGACCAAAACAGCAGUGGCCCACAGGCCCGGCGCCUUCAAGGCCGAGCUGUCCAAACUGGUGAUCGUGGCCAAGGCGGCCCACAGCGAGCUGUGACCAGCGGCGAUGCCCGGAGCACUGGUGGGUGGCCCGCCUCUUGGGGGCCCUUGGUGUCCUGCGCCAGUGGCCCCGCUCAGUGGUGCCAUGUUGGAGAAACUGCCGCCCGCCAUGCUCCGGAACUGCAGGGACCUGCUGGGCACUGGAGCCCAGGACUCAGCGCCACCGUCCCCAGGGACCUGCUCUGAGACGAACUGGGAAGACACCAGAUGUUUUUAUAUUUAAAUAAAUAAGAAAAAACA